AAUAAGUUUUAUUUUUGGGUUUCCUGUCUUUUUCCAGCACCCACUAAUAAGCUUGAAAAAAUACAAUAAUAAGAUGUACAGAUAAUUGAUUAAAUAAUGGCCAUUUUCUUAUCAAUCUUGUUUCGUAACUAAUAGCCAGAAUUAACACAAUCUAAUGAUGACAGUGCAGAAAUAAAGCAAUUACAUUUAAUUACAUUACACUACCAUUUAAUCUGCCUUAGUUUUGCAUCAGAUAUAGAUGCAAUUUAUUGUCUAAUAUUAAGCCGAAAAGGUCAAAAACAUUCCGUCACAUGAUCCAUAAGUCUGUUCAAAGAUCUGUUUAUUCAAAUAACAUAAAAUGAGUUGGGAAACCUGCAAAUAAUUUAUUCAGGUUAGUGUUUCAUACAGAAAAUGUACAGUAAGAAAAGCAGCCACAGCACACUCAACAUAAAUAAUGUCGCAAAUAAUGCAAGAAUGAACACACAGCUUUGUUAUGGAUUGAAAAAACAGGAGAGGACGAUGCAGGAAGCGCCAGCCAAAUCAGAAAUGCAUUGUGUUGUCUGUAUGAAGCAUACAGAAAUGGCAGAUAAAAGCAACUCAGGCAACCAGGCAACUAGUUUUAGGAUUGAAACAAUUAGAUAUGCACAAUAAAAGCAAACUAUGUAAAGAAUGUGAUGCAUGUGAUAAAGAUAAAUGAAACACCAACUGGCAGAGGUAUCUUCACUAUGUUCAAAAUGUUAAUUUAGUGCAGUUCGGUUUUUUGCCCCAGAAGAUGUACCUGGACUACCUGAUUUGAAAAACUGGUAGCUCAGCACACUACUAUGUUUAUCUACAAUUUGUCCACCCCACAGAGACAGUAACUCCAGCUCAGGAUUGAAACAGGGCUGUGGAGCUGUGAGGCAGCAAUACUAUCCACUUCACCACUUUGCCAGAUGCGACUGACCAGCAGAGGGAGGUGUUGCAGUGUUGUGAUAUCAUUGCUGCCUCCUCGGGUUGUGUCACGGAUUUUACACUUAGGCUAUCUUUGUGAAGAAAUACAUCGUAGGCUCUGAAAGUGCAGAGCUGCGCCUUGCCGUGGACAUGAAUGUAUCACAGGGCUGUGCAGACGUGCUUCUCAGCAGGGCAGCAGCACGUAACACUGUAAUCAGAUUGAAUUUAGAUUAGUCCAGGUGAUAAUGUGCUCAUAUUCAUUGAAGUAUCUAGAACACACUGGCUUUUAAAGUGUUCUCUUAUUGUAGUACAACUGUUACUUCAGACUUUCUACACUCGCAGCUCGGCCAGGGUGAGAUCAGUUUUGAGUAUGAGAUUUAGCAUCUGACAUUCUCACUUUAAGUUUCCUGAAUCACGAUUUUGAGUCUUAUGAGAUUUUCUGAGAUUCUAACAUAGGCUGGAUUGCCGGGUACUGGGUUUAUUUUAGCAGAAGAGGUUCAGUGUUGUAAUUUUAGGCAUUUGUCUUGCUGAUUCAGACUGGUUGAAGUAACUAAUUUUUCCAAGUUGACACAUCUUAGCCUGGCUCUACAUAGCAGCGUCAGGAACAGUUGCAACACUCAAUAAAAAAAAUAACAAAAUGUGUGUGUGUGUGAGACCCUUGCCCUUGUGUUUGAGUUUAAUUACCUGCAUCUUCAUGGCUGCCUAUGUGACAGUGUGUGUGUGUGCAUGAAGAGGGGCAAGGGCAGUUAAUCUGGGUUAAGAGAUUAGCUCUGGACAGGCCCAGAAAGAGGCUGGCCAUGCUGACCAGCAUGCACUGAGACAGAGAGGCUGAUGGUCAGCCAUGAGCAAUGCUCAGCAUAAGAAUCACAUGGACAGAGAAGUUGAGGCGCGUCUGUGUCCAUAGUUUCACUUUGGAUGUGGAAUCCUGAGCUCUAAUUUUUGUCUAGCCUUCCACAGUGCUUGUCCACUAUUUUUAGAAUGCUGUGCUUGAGAAGUUGAGUGUGGUUUGGAGUAGGUGCUGUUUGUUUUGGAGAUGCUAGUUUGCGUGUAACCUGACACUCCGUGCACUGGCCUCUUUGUUUAGCAAAAUCAAUUCCAUUCAAGCGAGGAGAGAGGGGAGGAGAAGGGCUCAUCUUUUGGAGGCUGCGGUAAGCAGGAUCUUGAAGAAGGGUCCCUGGUGGGCUGUUUAGCCAGCUCCUGCUGCCUUCCCCCUAGAGUGAGUAGGGGGUAGUUGGGGACAGCGGUGAGGCGGGUGAGAGGGCGGGAAAGAGGGAGGAGGGGCUGAGCAUUAAGACAACCCCCAGGCCUAAGGAACCUGCACCACUCUAACAAACGUGCCUGGCUGAUCUUACAAGGCCUGCUAUGAGGAGAGUCAAGCCAAGCCACCUAGUGCCAACCAGAAGAUGGGCAAUGCUCAGCCCCUGCCUCAGUGCCAGGCUUCGAGGGUGUGCAGCACCUGUAGCCCCCGAGCCGAGGGCAGCUUCCACCGCCAAAUGCUGACCUCCAGAGGCCACCAGAGACGUGAGUCAUUGUGGACCAAUAAACCCAUUCUGAGACUGGAGGUCAGAGGAAAACAGGAGUGUCCACUCAGACGCACCCAGUCCUGCCAAGAGAGGAGAUCCAGAUCCUGCUUUUACUCUGUGUCUAAUCUGGAUGAGGAGAGUAAGUGGACAGUUCACUACACGGCACCGUGGCACCAGCAAGAGAAUGUGUUCCUGCCUGCAUCCAGACCAGCCUGUGUGGAAGAGCUGCACCGUCAAGCUAAAGUCAACCUCAAAACAGCGCUCAGAGAUUGUGAUAAGCUGAGGAAGGAUGGCUUCCGCAGUUCCCAGUACUACUCCCAGGGCCCCACCUUCUCAGGCUCAGUCCACUCCCGCAGCAGCCAACUGGAGGAUGAGGAUGACGAUGAUGUUGAUGAUAAGUCGACUGCCUCCUCUGCAGAAGAGGACAAGAGCUCCAGUGCAAUGAGGGCGCACACUGCACUAAAGGCUGAGGGGGCUGAGGUGGAUGGGCAGGAGUCAUGCUUCACACCCUUACCCACUCCUGAAGAAAAGAUGAGACAACAAGCUCAGGCCAUUCUGACCGACAUUGUCCCCAUCAAUGUCACAGGGGAGACAUUUGACCGUCAGGCCAGCGUCCGUCGCUCCCUAAUAAACACAGAUACUCUGGCCCGUCGGCCCAAGAAGGUCAAACGGAGAAAGACUAUAUCAGGUUUGCCUGACAACGUUCAGCAGGAACUAGUUAAAGGACGAGGAGGGGAGCUCCGACCACAGUCCAUGUUUAUUCCUGGGCAGUUUUCAACACUGGAACGUUCUGGCAGUGUGAGUUCUACGCUGAGGCGCUCCGUGACAAGGGAUUCCGGCUGCCAGACAGAGGAGGUAAAAAUUGUUCCACCAUCUGUAAGGAGGAUCCGAGCUCAGAGAGGCCAAGGAAUUGCUGCUCAGAUGGCUGGCAUGUCAACAUCAGCCUCCAAUAUAUCCACAGUUCCAAACGACCAUUCCCCUGGAUCCCCUGUGCAUGCCAUGGCUCCUCGAUUUAAUGGUGAUCCACAGCGCUUCCACAGCUUGCCACGGGGUGCCCGAGUUUCUUUGAAUGCAGAACUCCUGAACAGCAGUACUUCAUGUAGGCCAGAGGAUAGUGCUGUACCAGCACCGCGGCAGAUUGGAAAGCUCCAAGUUGAUGAGACUGCAGUUCAUAUGAGGAACGCCCCUAGGAUUAGCACUUCAGCCCGCCCAAAAUCCCAGGAGGUGAGGGGAUCACAUGGGGACUGGGGGACUGCCUGUGUGGUUUCUCCUCAUGCAGCAUACUCAACAUCACUCAUCCCCAAUGCAACAUUGUCAUGUUCGGCUGAGGUAAUUGCCCUUCACUCUACAUCUAGCCAAGGGCAGCAACUGCAUGCAAGGCCUCUCAGGAUAUCCUCAAGUGUCAAUGGAGAAAGCUCUACCAGUGUGGCCACCAGUGCUGAGACAGGAGACACAGACAUGCAGGAAGCUGGUCAGUCAGAUAGCAGCUUAAAUAGCCACAGUACAAUAGCUGCAGGAACAGCAUCAUCAGAUGAGCAGUGGAUUUAUGACACCCCUGAGAAUGUGUUGCCCAGAAGACCACUCACUUCCAGCUGCUCCACUCCUAUCAAUCAUCUCUACAACAGCUUGGAGCGCUCCUCUAAAGGUACAGACUCUAGUUCACUCUACUCCAUGGACAAUGAUGGUUACUACACCUCCAUGCAUUUGGACUCAGGUCUGAGGCCAAAAGGAAAUAGCAUUGCAGGCAGGGCGGCACGGCAUAGUAUGUAUGAGUGCAUAGGCCAGCCAGGAGACCGUAGCAGCAUUUACAGUAAUCAGUCACUGUCCCGAUCUAUUUCCCUUCGUAAGUCUAAGAAGCCACCCCUCCCUCCAGCACGUACAGACUCACUACAGCGUAAGCCUAAGAAUAACAAUGGUGUUAAUGCUAGCAAUGGGUCAAUUCUUAACGAGUCCCUCAUUGCUACACUUCAGCAGUCACUGCAGAAUGGGUUGAAAGGGAAAGGGUCUUUGACCUCACCAUCUCAAAGCCCCUGCAGUGACUAUGAAGACCCUUGGAUGUUGCGGCCUAGGAGCCAGAGUAGCUUAAGUGCAGGCAGUAGCAGUGUGUCAGCUGCAGGGAUGGCUAAUGUGUAUUCCAUCUGUCAUGUCACACCGUCACACAGUGACACCAGCAGCCUGCGUUCUGACUACGCAGAGUCUUGGGGCUAUUACAUGGAUUACCCUCGUCUGCAUAGUGAUCAGGCACAGUCACCAGCACAUACCAACACAGUGUCUAAUGGAGGACAGCCAGGUAUAAUGACAAAUGGACAACAUAUCCACAGUGAUAUUCAGACAACCCUUCCUCCUGCUGAGGGGAAUAUGUCAGCAAAGCCUCAGGUAAACACAUCCUCACCAGACAGGGUGCAUCGGUUAACCUCCCCUUCAAGUGGAUAUUCAAGUCAGUCCAACACCCCAACAGCUGGUACUCCUGUUCCCUCUUUCAUGAGGUCCAUGUCACCUUCUGGCUGUAAGCCCAAGCCACGUGUGCCUGAAAGGAAGUCAUCUUUGCUCUCCUCUGUGUCCAUCUCCUCUUCUUCAACAUCUUUAUCCUCUAACACUUCAGAUUCUGUUAGGAACAACAUCCCCCCUCUACCUCCACCACUGCCUCAUUCAUCAGUGUCCCUUUCACCACUCACCCCUGAAUCUUUUGCUCCACCUCUUCCUCCCUGCAGUCCUGUGUACACUCCAAGUCAAACCUUUCCACCUGCUCCUCCUUUACCUAGCACCCCACAGCAUGAAGUAUCCUUGAGCCCCCUCUCCAUAAAUUCCUCUCCAGAGUUUCCCCCUCCUCCUCCUCCAGAGGUGUUGAAUGACCACAGCAUGCUACAUAAUGGAUCCUUUAGCCCCACUCUUCAUCCACCCCUGCCUCCACCACCUCCACUGCUUCCUCCCACUGUAACUGCUCAUAUGCCCCCACAACCCCCAUCAUUGCCCACCUUGACUCCAAUUAUACCUUCCUCUGCAAGCCUAAAGGGAAUUAAAGAUAGACUCAAACCAGUAAACUCUGAGAGAAGGUCAAUUUCCGUUCACUCUGAAGAGUUUGGCAAGUCUGCCAUGCCACUAAUAACCCCAUUUGCCCUCCAAAGUGUGCAGCUUCGGUCAGUCAAACAACUAGAGAAUAGUGAAGACAGCAGUAAAUCUCAAGAGGUGGAAACUGAACAGAUUUCAGCUAAGCCUGGCACAACAGAGAAUUUUAAACAGUUAGAGCACCUGACUGUCUUGCCCCUGGCUUCUUGCUCUACUCCUGAAAUAAAUGGAACAUCUCCAUCGACAGAGAAUAUAAUCAGCAAAGACAAAAACCAAGGAGAGAUACCACUUUAUCAGACAAAAUCAGGAGAAGAACUGCCCUAUGAAGCUACUACUUACCCUUCAAGUGACUUCAUAAGCCAUACCCUAGCUAAAGCUGAGUUGGAUGGUUUGGAGAGGGAGGAGAAAACACCACAAAACACCACACCCAAGAAAAAACCUCCUGUGUUCUCCAAGAAGCCCAAAUUUCCCCUUGUCUCUGCAGUUGAACCUGAGCUUAUUGUAGAGGACAAGCAGACACUAGCCAAUGAGGAGGGUUCUUCUUUUCAAGUGUUUUCAAAUGUGCAAAAAGAGGUGACUAUUUGUUUGCCUAACCCAGAAGUUCAGGAAUCCCUGUCUGUGGAGGAGGUAGAGAAAAACGAUGACAAAAAUUCUCCUGAGAGUUCCACAUGUGAAAGUAGCACAUGUCCAACUGAUAGUCAGAUUGAGGAUCCCUCCCAGACUCCCAUCAUUCAGGAAGCGUCUGGAUCUGUUGAUGAUGCAGUGGGCACUUCAGAAGGAGAAGAGGAAGAAAACGGAGAAGAUGAUGAAGAUGCAUUAAGUAGCACUGCAGGCUGCUCCAAAGAUGAUGGUGAAGUGUUCGAGUCCAACGCAUCAAACUCCCCACAGACUCCCGGCAUUAACGGAGACAUCCUUGAAGACAUGGUGACUCCCACGCGGCCCCGCACCACAGAGGACCUCUUUGCAGCAAUUCACAGGUCCAAGCGCAAGGUCCUGGGUCGUAGGGAGUCAGAGGAUGAACGUGUACGAGGUCACUCAUCUCCUCCAGUCACACCGACAGGACCAGUUCCUUCCUUCAGCUCAACUCUGCCUCGUCAGACAGGGUCUAUCCAGCGCAGCCUGCGCAAAUCAGCCACCAGCAGUGACACCUUUAAGGCGCUAUUACUGAAGAAGGGCAGCCGCUCAGAAGGCAGUUUUCGCAUGUCCGCUGCUGAGAUGCUACGCACAACUGACCCACGAUUCCAGAGGACUCGAUCUCUUGACUCCUCUCUGGAUCCGACUUCACCUACAGCAGGCCUGGACAGCCCCUGCGCUUCCCCUGGUCGCAGCAAGAGGGUGCCAGAGGACUGGCCCCGGAAUGAAGCCAUACUGCCACGUUACUCUCUGAGUUCCCCCUUGUCCCCUUCCUCAGUGUUGGGGCCAAAGUAUGGCCGAUCCCGCACACCACCCUCUGCUGCCAGCAGCAAGUACAAUUCCCGGAGUCGAAUCCCUAGCAGCCCCAUGACGGUCAUCUGUGAGAAAGAGGGAGAGUUAACUGAGAGCGGAGAGGGACUGGACGAACCAUGUCCUGUUUCCCCAUUAGUUUCCUCUACCCCAGUCCCUCAAGACUCGAAUGGCACUUUAUGUGAGGGGGAGAGUUAAUAUGAAAAUGACUUUUUCCCCCGAGGGAACAAAUGAACUUUGUCACAGUAGCAGAGACUGGCCAAUGGCAGAGGGCCAGUGGAAGGGCAGACCGGCUAGCUGGUAAUCUGUCUGUCCCUCAGUCAAGGCUCCGGGUCGUGCUGCACAAAUCUGGUUGUAUAGUAGGAGAUAUGCCACGAGGUGCCUCCUUCAGACUGAUUUGAGUCUGAAGUAGAUCCCAUUUCUGUCACAGCUCUUCAAUAUGUCACAUCUGUACUAUUUUUGUUCCUGCUGUUCAUAAGAGAAGUGCUUUCCUUUACAGUAGUACACUUAUUUCCACAAAACUUCUUUUUAGUUCUUUUUGGUUUGCUUGUCAAAUAUAUGUAUUAUAAAUGGCAUGUGGGAAUCAGAGAUGAAGGAUUUGCAAAGCAAGUCAUCGCUUUGACCAGUGGAGAGAUUGGCUUUGCUUUGUGGAAUGCUCAGUGUUCUCGAGGUUGUAGCCCAGUCCAUCUAAAGUGAUGCACCUGAAUUGACUGCUGAACACUUGUUUGGAAAUUUAUGGCAAAUUUCAAAUGACGGACACACUGAUGAACUUUGGAAGCCAUGUAAAAGGGUUCUCUGCUCACGCUUGAGACUCACUAGUUGUGGGAAAGUGACAAACAGGUCCAACACAAACAGUGUAAUAUACAGACGGACUGCUGUAGCUGCACAACUGAGACGCAGGCUAAAAGGCUUCAGAAGAACCUUUUCUGUUGGAUAUUUAGUGUGUAGGUUUGCACUGUGUUCAUGUGUUUGUUUAUCUGUCUGUUGGUCAUUUAAAAUGUUCUGCCUGUGUUAGUUAUGAUGACGUUUUACAUGCAAAGAGAAAACCUACUUGAACCGAGUAACAUCUGUUUUGUUUGUAAUGGUUUUGUUAACCAAAGAGUUUAAAGUAUAAAUGUAAAUGUCGCCUGCUGUAGGGAUGCUGGGUAGCUCAGACGUUUACUGGACUGGGAGCAAUAAAGAUUCUUCUGUAAAGCUUUGCUAAAGACUAGCUUUUACAUUUCUUAUUUACUAACUCCUCUUACAUAAAAUCUCUCUUGCAGUUUUGUACUGUUUUUGUAUAUAAACAAAAAUAUUAAGAAAUAACAUCUGGAUUUAUUUUCAAAGAAUUUGUACACCCUUGUUAGAGGAAGUGGCUUUCUUUUAUAGAGUAUUUAUUUUAGAUUAGCCAGAAUUUGAUGUGAUUUAUUUGUGAGGGAUUUUACAGAUCUGCAGCUGAGUUUAUAAUUAUUUAGAAAGAAUUACAUCACUGUUUUAGACUCAUGAUCAGAGUCUGAUUUUGAGGCCUUUAUAAAGUCUCAUUCUUGUCCUUUUGAUCCAGAAAACCAAAAAAACGGUGACAGAUGAAGAAGGCUGCUAACCCUCUUGUGUAUGUCUCUCUAAUAAAAAAAAUGGUGAUAUUUAAAAA